UGCAAUCCAUCAGAGACCUACUGACUUGGCACGCAAAAACCCUAAUAAAGCUGCCGCGAUAUCCCUUUCAUCAGGAGGCAUCAGCGCCGCUGCGUUCCUCUUCUGUUCUUCUCAACGUUUUGAUCUAGAAUCAGCUGAUGGCGCCGAAGAAGGAAAAAGCCCCGCCUCCGUCCUCGAAGCCGGCCAAAUCUGGCGGAGGAAAGCAGAAGAAAAAGAAGUGGAGCAAGGGAAAGCAGAAGGAGAAGGUGAACAACGCUGUUCUCUUUGAUCAGGCAAACUAUGACAAGAUGCUCUCUGAGGUUCCCAAGUACAAGCAAAUCACCCCUUCUGUGCUCUCUGAGAGAUUGCGGAUCAAUGGAUCCCUAGCUAGGAGAGCAAUAAAGGAUCUGAUGGCAAGGGGUGCUAUAAGGAUGGUCUCCGCCCAUGCCAGCCAACAGAUUUAUACUAGAGCCACAAACACCUAGGAGGUUGUAUUUCUUGGAAAUUAGUAUGUCCUGCUUGGAUGUUUUCUCUAUGAUAUUUGAGUAAUUUGUCAGGUUAACCUUUUAUUGCUUCUUUUAGCAAAGUUCUUUGAGCUCAUGCUUCACGCAUCAACUAAGUUGUUUUUGAUCAUGUGUCAACUUACCAAGUUGGUUAACUUUUUUCAUUCAAUUAAAUAUUCUACUUGUUAAGAUUA